AAGAGUCCAGCCUCAACAUGGCUUCUGUCAUGUUAUUCGUCGCGUCUCUUGGCGUCUGGAUCGCCUGCGCCGCUGCCUAUUGUGGCACACACACGGCCUUGUCGGGAGAGUUUUAUAGCCCAAACUAUCCAUCUAAAUAUUGGAACAGAAUGAGAUGCAGUUACACUUUUGACACUGGUUAUCCGGUCAUCAUCAACUGUCCGGAGUUCGUCCUUCAGAGUCGGAAGGGAGGCCUCUGUAAGAGAGAUUAUUUAAAGAUCAUAGACGCUGGCAUAGAAACUUCCUUCUGUGGGAGGAAAGGGCCUUCAGACUAUGUGUCGACAGGAAGCCUAGUUACUGUCGAGUUUAAGAGUAAUAAAAGAAUCAGAAAAUAUGGAUUCAGUUGUACAUACGUUAGCAUUGUUGACACUACUACGAUAGAGACAACAACCCUUCAGGAAACCACAACCCUUCAGGAAACCACAACCCUUCAGGAAACCACAACCCUUCAAGAAACCACAACCCUUCAGGAAACCACAACCCAAGCGUCGGCUCUCCUGACUGCGGCGACUAGCCUCUAUAAUUCGAACACUUGUUACACGAGUCAAAGAUCCACGUGCGGGUGUUCCGUGACGUCCGCCGAUUCGGAGUUCUACACGUCUGUCUUGGGCGACGUCCGUAUCGUCGCGGCCAAUGGCAUCCCGGGCCACGUGUAUGAAGUGGGACAGGAAGUGGCCAAUCCUAACAACGCUUGCCCUCAUGAGGUGUACAUGGCGGUGCCCGCAAAUCCGGUAAAGGGUAAUACUUACAUGGCCUACGGCAUGGGCCCUGUCGGCAUCGCGACCUCCGGCGCCUUCUUUUACAACCACCUCAGCACGCCCAGCGGGGACACAGCCGUGAUCAGCGAGGGAGAAAGUUUUGACACGUGUAGUGGCCACAGCGAUAUGUUCUGCCGCUACCACUAUCACAUGCGGCCACCCUGCAUAGCGGAAGCAGGUACUUGUACCCUCGUAGGGUACAUGAGAGAUGGUUUUUCCGUGUACUCCUCCUGCCUUCGUGAUUCAGGAUCCGACUACCUGAGGAGCUGCUACCAGGACAACGGGACCGGCGACGGCAGCCACACCAGCCACUACACCUUCAACCAAACGGCCUACGACAGCGGCGACUGCGACCUCGACAUGGCCAACGGAUACACCUUCUCCGACGAUCGCGGUUAUGCAUACAUAUUCACCGAAGACUAUCCUUUCAUUAUGACGGGCUACUACGGCACAGAGCUUGCAAAUGUGUGCUAUCUCGAGGACGCAUGAGGACUCAUAUUGGCCUGACCUGCGGUUGCAUAUACGAGUUGUGCAUAGGCCUAUAUUGAAGUGAUAUGAAAAUUGAAAUUAUAGACAAUGGCCUUCAGUCCGUCUGUGAUGUAAAUCUGUAUAAGACACUAAAAAAGUUAAACAACUUGAAUAAAUUUUGAUGCUCAUUAAAUAGU